UCUCCUUCUCCAGCCUAUUAACGUACAUUCAUGUCUGUAUUAUUAUCACUAAAAAAAAGCUCCAUUCUUGGGAACUCUGCACAAAUUACCAGUAGAGAGAGAACUCUGCACCACCUAUUCAGUUUCUUGUUUGAACUUACAAUAUGCAGACUCCUAAAUCAAAAGCUGGUUCUUCAGACUCAACUCAGAAACCAUCGCCAAGAACAGCCCGUCAGCUCAAAGUUCAACCAUCACCAGAUUCUUCCGAUUCAAAAACACAAAGAUCACCAAAACUUCAACCUGGCCGUAGAUCACCAAGAAGUCCUGCUUCUGAUCAGAAAACGCGAGCAAACAAACUCUCUACAAUGGAAUCUCAUCUUUCUCAGCUACAAGAUGAACUCAAAUCAACAAAAGAACAGUUAAACUCCUCUGAUUCUGACAAAAAACAAGUUCAAAAGGAAUUAGCUGUAAUGACAGCUAACUUUGAAGAAUCUCAAACCCAUCUUAAAGAAAAACAGUUUGAAAUAGAAUCAAUUCAGAAUCAACAUUCAUCUGUUCAUUCUGAAACGCUAGCUUUAGUAGAGAAACUGAAAACCCAACUCAUUGAAGCAAUGGAAACCAUAGAUAAAACAGGAAUGCAACUUGAAAUCGCGAAAACAACUGAACAGAUUCUUAAAUCCGAACUAUUGAAAGCCACAGAGGGUAAUGAAUUGUUAGAGGUUGAAUUGGAGAAACUGAAAGCUGAGAAAAACAAAUUAGAUUCAACAGAGGUGGUGAUAAAGAGUAUGAAAGAUGAGAUUGAAGUAAUGAAGAUGGAAAUGAAGAAGAAUGAAAUUGAGAAGAAGAGAAUGAUUGAUUCGAAUGAAGAGAUUGAAGGGGAGAUUACAAGAUUGAGAGUUCAAACGGAUCAAUGGAGGAAAGCGGCGGAGACAGCUGCGGCCAUGGUUUCUGGAUGUGGGAAAUUUGUUGAAAGAACUGGAUCACUUGAUAUUAACUAUAAUACUAUUGGUGGGAGACUUGGGUCUCCAUUUUCUGAUGAUUUGGAAGAUGAAUCGCCGAAGAAGAAGAAUGGUGGUAUGUUUAAGAAGAUUGGAUUUUUGUUGAAGAAAAGGGCAUGAGUAGUAAUGAUUUGUUGUUUAUGGAUUUGUUCAAUGUUUUAAUUUGGUAAUUUGGGUUUUUUUUUGAAUCUUUUAGUUUUGUUUAUGAUGAAAAUUUAUGGUU